ACCAAAUCCAAGAAAAUUAUGGAUGCUGAGAUUAUUUAGUGUACAUAACCAGCUUCUUCCCAGAAAAUCUCUCUCUCUCUGUCUCUCUCGCGAAAGAACCCUAAAUCGCGUUGCGGAGCCGAAACUACAUGGGUCAAGGAGCAUCCCAGCCCAAAAGUAAAAGGUUGACGCGUAGUGAGCGCCAAGAUGAGCUUCUUAAGAUGUGUCAUCUCCCUGCGACAGUUAUUCGUCGCCCAAACACGAACCCAGAUGGAUCUGAUAUUCCAAGCAUACCUGGUUCUGAUUUUGAGUUUCCUGAUCGUAAUUGUGAGACCUUGAUUAGGAUGCUCUAUCAGGCAAUGAGCAGGAACAAGGACCUGCUUCUGGCACAGUGCUAUCAGGUAGCGGUGCGGGAUAGUUGUGGUAUUGAGGUCGACCUCUCGGCUAGUCUUCCCACUAAAUCAUGAAGCUCUAUGGACAUUGUAGACAUUUAUUGCAUUUGAGAUGAUGAUCCGUCCAUGUUAAGACGCUGUAACUCUCUGUUGUUGUAUGGUCAGUAUGAGUUUCCUAGCUUGAUUGCAAGGACUGGUCC